AUGGCUCCUCACACUUCUAAUUCAACAGAUGAGCAAAGAAAGCUGCUCUGUGCCUUACUGGGGAAAGUGAAACGGACUCUUCUCUACAAACCAGUUCAGUCCAUGGAUAUAAUGCUUCUGCCUUCCACCAGCGAUGUAACCUUGUUAACAUAUGAGACGAGUUCAUUCAAUAUUUCUUUCACGGAGAAAGCAGACUGUGAAAGUCGAAGAGACGAGCUCAUGGAAAUGAUCAGGAAUCAUAAACCCCUGGUGACGUCUGUGAGUCGGGUCAGAAUCCUAAUGAUCGGUCCUGUAGGUGCUGGAAAAUCCAGUUUCUUCAACUCCAUCAACUCCAUCUUCAUGAGCCGCAUUACCAGCAAAGCCAUGUCAGGAUCCGCAGGAACUAGUCUCACCACACAGUUUCGCACAUAUCCAGUGAAAGACGGUCGUGAGGGAAAGCCGUUGCCGUUUGUGUUGUGUGACACCAUGGGACUCGAGGAGCAAUCAGGUGCAGGACUGGAUAUUGAGGACAUCAGCAGCAUUCUUCAAGGUCACGUACCAGACCGCUAUAAAUUCAACCCCAUGGCACCGUUUCAACCUGAUGAGCAAAAGGCCUCCAGACCUGCAUCUCUUCAGGAGAAGAUCCACUGUGUGGUGUAUGUGAUAGACUCCACCAGAAUCUCCCUCAUGUCUGACAAACUACAGGAAAAACUUGCUUCCAUACGCAGAAAAGUGAACUCACUGGGCAUUGCUCAGAUCGUCUUGAUGACAAAAGUAGAUGAAGCAUGUCCUCUAGUGGAGAAGGACCUUCAAAGCCUUUAUGUCAGUUCCUACAUCAAGUCAAAGGUGCAGGAGGUGAGCUCUCGGUUGGGUGUGCCGGUGUCUUGUGUGUUACCGGUGAAGAACUACAGUCAGGAGCUGGAGCUGGAGCUCAACUGUGACGUCCUGCUUCUCACCGCUUUACAGCAGAUGCUCAACUUUGCAGACGACUAUCUGGAUGAUGUCUGUUCCAUGGAGGACAAUGUUUUUUAGCAUGCUUAUGAUAGAGCUUUUCCUCAGUUCCUGCUGAGAUGCGGCCAGAUUGUUACAUUGUCUUUGAAUAAGAUAUAGGUGACUUAGCUUCCAUCUCUGCACAAUAAUGUAUCUUAAGCCAGAAAAUUGGUGUAUUACAUGCAUUACAUUUAUUUAUUGUGGCUCGUUUGAUGUAAGAAUUCUGUAGCAUCUGAUUAACUUUACGGUAUAUUACAAAUUAGGACUGUCACACUGUUCUAAAAGAAAUGCAGAGCUUUCCAUGAGAAAAGUCCAUUCUGGAAUUAGUUAUUCCUUACAUUUUAAAGUAAACUAUUAAAAUCAAUUAUGUAUGGCUUGCUCAUUGCAAUUAAAUAUUCUGACACUGUUA